CAGAGCCUGGGCACCAUGGUUGGAAUCUCCUCUCUUGGGCUCCUCUUCCUCUGUUGGCUCUUGGCCACAACAUCAUCUCAGAGAGUAGGACCACAAGGCCCUCCUGGACCACGAGGACCCCCUGGACCAUCUGGCAAGGAUGGCAUAGAUGGGGAGCCAGGCCCUCCUGGUUUGCCAGGCCCACCUGGGCCAAAAGGGGCACCAGGGAAGCCUGGAGCAGCUGGUGAAGCUGGGUUGCCUGGCCUUCCUGGGGUGGAUGGUUUAACAGGAACUGAUGGCCCACCUGGCCCAAAUGGGCCUCCAGGAGACCGUGGUGCAUUAGGACCUGCUGGGCCUCCUGGACCAGCUGGCAAAGGACUACCAGGACCUCCUGGACCCCCAGGACCCAGUGGGCUCCCAGGUGGAAAUGGAUUCCGGGGUCCUCCUGGACCUUUUGGUCUGCCAGGAUUCCCAGGGCCUCCUGGACCACCUGGACCUCCAGGUCUUCCAGGCACCUUUCCUGAUGGUAGUGGGGACCUUCAGUGUCCAGCUCUGUGCCCACCAGGUCCUCCAGGGCCCCCAGGAAUGCCAGGGUUCAAGGGCCACACUGGUCACAAAGGAGAACCUGGUGAAGUAGGAAAAGAAGGAGAGAAGGGGAACCCUGGCCCUCCUGGUCCUCCAGGCAUCCCUGGCAGCAUUGGCCUGCAGGGCCCGAGAGGACUAAGAGGUCUCCCUGGUCCAAUGGGUCCGGCUGGUGACAGAGGUGACAUUGGUUUCCGAGGGCCACCUGGAAUCCCAGGACCUCCAGGGAAAGCUGGAGACCAAGGAAGCAAAGGACCUCAAGGAUUCAGGGGGCCCAAAGGUGACACUGGUAGACCUGGCCCAAAGGGAAACCCAGGACCUCGUGGACUCAUAGGAGAACCUGGGAUGCCAGGCAAGGAUGGACGGGAUGGAGCUCCUGGACUCGAUGGUGAGAAGGGGGAUGCAGCUCGGAUGGGAGCUCCUGGAGAGAAGGGACCCAAUGGACUGCCUGGGCUGCCUGGCAGAGCAGGUAUUAAAGGCUCAAAGGGUGAACCAGGCAGCCCUGGAGAGCUGGGAGAAGCUGGUCCCUCUGGAGAACCUGGCAUCCCUGGUGACGUUGGUAUUCCUGGUGAGAGAGGGCUGCCAGGACCCCGAGGAGCAACUGGACCACUUGGUCUUCAAGGCCCCACGGGAGCCCCAGGUGUCAGAGGUUUCCAGGGUCCCAAAGGUGCCAGUGGUGAACCUGGGCUUCCUGGUCCAACUGGAAUCCGUGGGGAGUCAGGGGACAGGGGUCCUACUGGUGUUCCUGGUCCCAAAGGCAACCAGGGCAUGGCUGGAGCAGAUGGCCUCCCAGGUGACAAAGGAGAACUGGGUCCCUUUGGUCCCCCUGGACAAAAAGGAGAGCCAGGAAAAAGAGGAGAACUUGGUCCAAAAGGUGCUCAGGGACCUAAUGGGACAGCUGGAGUUCCAGGGAUCCCAGGACAUCCAGGGCCCAUGGGUCAUCAAGGGGAGCAAGGGGUUCCUGGCAUCACGGGAAAACCUGGACCUCCAGGCAAAGAGGCCAGUGAGCAACAUAUAAGAGAGCUCUGUGGGGAAAUGAUAAAUGAACAAAUUGCCCAGUUAGCUGCUAAUCUGAGGAAGCCUUUAUCUCCUGGAAUGACUGGACGUCCUGGCCCAGCUGGUCCCCCAGGUCCCCCUGGGUCACUUGGAAGUGUUGGGCAUCCUGGUCCUCGUGGUCCCCCUGGAUACAGAGGGCCCACAGGAGAUCUUGGUGAUCCUGGUCCCAGAGGUGACACGGGUGAAAAGGGUGAUAAGGGACCUGCUGGUCAAGGUAUUGAUGGGCCUGAUGGUGACCAAGGACUUCAAGGACCACCUGGUGUACCUGGAAUUACUAAAAAUGGUCGGGAUGGUGCUCAGGGUGAGCCUGGUCUUCCAGGGGAUCCUGGUACUCCUGGUGCUAUUGGGGCUCAGGGAACUCCAGGAAUCUGUGACACAUCAGCUUGCAUGGGAGCUGUUGGAGUAUCAACUUCCAAAAAAUCAUAAAACAACAGUACAAGAAGUGGAGAGAGGACUGAAUAUUUAAAUAAACAUUACAUUGUAAGAAAACAGAACCCUCCUAGUGAUAAAUGGACAGAUGUUGCUUCUAUUUUAUUAACUGAAGACUUCUGAGACAGUUCUAUGAAAAAAGAAAGCAUCAGAUGAAAACUUGUAAUUAAAAGAUGCUUUAUGAGUAUUUCCUCCUCCCCCCAAUUAAGUUUUACUGCUACACCUUCCCUUUCUCCCUUUGUUCUGGAGACCUGCAAGAGGAAACAUUUUACCCUCACCCCAUCUAGCUGUGCUAAAGAUCAUGAAUUAUUUUCUGCAGAACUAAAGAUCAUGAAUUUUCUGUAUAAACAUUUGGUUUUCAGCCUUCUCAAUUCAGUUCCUUGGUGCUGUUCCCACUGGCUUCAGCCAGGGCACAAACAUGCACAAAAUACACAUUGUUAAGGUAUUU